AACGUGGUUUCCACUUUGCACCCCCGUUCUCCUUCUUCUUCCUCGAUAUACAACAGCUCCAUUGUUAUAUAACUCCAUUUUUCCAAAAAUAGUGUUACGGGUCUUAUGGAUCAGACCAUUUCCUAUAGAAAUUAUCCAAAAACUUUUGAAUUUUGCAGGAAAAAUGGGGAAAUGAAGCAGCAGUUAAAUCAGUCAUACAGGUCUCGUUUUGCUUUCGAUUUGAAAAUCUCAAGAUUUUAGCCCUCAUUUCGACUUCGAUUGCUGACCCACAACACUUGCUUCUUACUUCUCCCUCUCCAUUUCCGUCUCUCUCAAGCUUCGCACCUUCUUCUGAUCUUCUUCUUCUUCGACUGCAUUCUUGUUCUUGACCCAUUUGAAGCUCUGAAUCGGGCGUGUCCGCCAUUAGCGCUGUUCAGAAUGAGCUCUCAAGCUCCCAAAUCGUCAAGACCUGCAAAACCCCCCAACCAAUCGCCGCCCACAUCGAGAUCCUCCGCUUCCUCUCUCUCAUCCCAUCUCGCCAUGGUGGAACUGAAGCAGAGGAUCCUCACCGCGCUCUCUAAGCUCUCCGAUCGAGACACCCACCAGAUCGCCAUUGACGACCUGGAGAAAAUCAUCCAGUCCAUUUCCCCGGAAGCCAUUCCUAUGCUUCUCAAUUGCCUCUACGACUCCUCCGCUGACCCUAAACCCGCCGUGAAGAAAGAGUCAUUGCGGCUUCUAACAGUCGUAUGUGCUUCACAUAGCGAUUCUACUUCGACCCAUUUGACCAAAAUUAUCGCCCACAUCGUGAGGAGGGUGAAGGAUUCAGAUUCCGGCGUCAAGGAUUCGUGUCGAGACGCCAUUGGAGCGCUGUCGGCGCAGUACUUGAAGGGGGAUGCUUCCGGCGGCGAUAACGGCGGCCUUGGUUCGGUGGUGGCGCUGUUCGUGAAGCCUCUGUUUGAGGCAAUGGGGGAGCAGAACAAGGGUGUUCAAUCUGGCGCGGCAAUGUGUAUGGCUAAGAUGGUGGAGUGCGCGGCAAGCCCACCCAUCACGGCGUUUCAGAAGCUUUGCCCCAGGAUCUGUAAGUUGCUCAACAAUCCAAAUUUUUUGGCAAAGGCUUCACUCCUCUCUGUGGUAUCCAAUUUAUCACAGGUUGGUGCUAUUGGACAACAGAGCUUGGAACAUUUGCUACUAAGUAUUCAUGAGUUACUUGGGAGCACUGAUUGGGCAACACGCAAGGCAGCAGCUGAUGCCCUAAGUGCACUAGCAUUGCAUUCAAGUAAUUUCAUCACAGAUGGAGGUGCUUCCACUUUGGCAGUACUUGAGGCUUGCCGUUUUGACAAGAUAAAACCAGUUCGAGAUAGCAUGACAGAGGCACUUCAGUUAUGGAAAAAACUUGCUGGGAAAACAGAUGGAGCUGCGGAAAGCCAGAAUGCAUCUCAAGACGGUGAAAACCAUGAAACAGCAGACUCAUCAGAAAAGUCUGACCCAAAAAAUGCUGAUUCCCCUCAGGGAGGGAGGUCACUAGACAAAGAUAAAUCUGAGGAUUCAGUACCGGUUUCAAAUUCAUCUUCGAAAGCCAAAUGUGGUAGUAUUUCGGAUAAAGCGGCUGUAAUAUUGAAGAAGAAAGUACCUGCCUUAACUGACAAGGAGUUGAACCCAGAGUUCUUCCAGAAACUUGAAACUAGGGGAUCUGGGGAUUUGCCUGUGGAGGUGGUUCUUCCUCGCAGACACGCUGGUUCUUCAAAUGCAAACGAUGAGAAAUUGGAGCCAGACGAUUCAAAUGCCGGGGGAAGAUUAAAUCGCGUUGAAAACACACAUUCUGAUGAUUUCCAUAGAUCAUUCAACAGUAAGUAUCGAGACAUCGAAAGAGGUCAAUUGGCUACUCAUUCUAAGCUGCGGGAUUAUGAAGAUCUCGAGCGAGAUAAAUGGCAUGAUGGGAAAAUGAAUGGAAGAGAUUCCAGAACAAGAGCAUACAAUGUGAAUGAUCAAAAUGACAUAUCUCAGAGGGAAUCUUCUGGCGCUCGUUCUGACUUCUCCAAAAUGGACACGCACUCGGAAAGUGCCUUCAUAAACAACAAAGGAAGUUGGUCCGCUAUCCAGAGGCAGCUAUUGUUGUUGGAGAGGCAACAGGCACAUUUGAUGAACAUGUUGCAGGAUUUCAUGGGAGGCUCUCAUGAUAGCAUGAUAACUUUGGAAAAUAGAGUACGUGGACUCGAGAGAGUCGUCGAAGAAAUGGCUCGUGAUUUAUCUGUGUCGUCAGGCAGGAGAGGUAAUUUUGCUCUUGGAUUUGAAGGAUCGUCUAAUAGGCAUCUAGGCAAGUAUGGUGGAUUUUCAGACUAUCCCGGUGGCAAGUUUGGAAGAAAUAAUGAUGGGAGGGUUGCUUUUGGAGAGAGGUUUGUUCAAUCAGAAGGAAUUGGUUCGAGUAUGAGAGGAAGGAGUGCUGCGUGGAGACCUGAUAUGGCGGCGGAGACUUGGGAUUAUCCUGCUUAUGUGUCGAGAAACGGGCAGAUGUGCUCUAAGAGAACUUUAGAUGGUGGCAUCGACAGUAGGUCGUCUAAAUCAGAGCAGGAGAGUGACCAGGGAGGUAGCAGAAGAGGCUGGGACAAAGGGGCUGGACCUUUAAGACUUGGUGAGGGGCCAUCUGCAAGAAGUGUUUGGCAAGCAUCGAAAGACGAAGCAACCUUAGAAGCGAUUCGAGUCGCUGGGGAAGACAGCGGAAUAUCCAGGACUCCAAAAGUGGCGAUUCCCGAAUUGACUGCAGAAGCAUUAGCAGAUGACAAUGCUGGCCAAGAACGGGAUCCAGUAUGGACUUCUUGGAACAAUGCAAUGGAUGCCCUUCAGGCAGGCGACACGGAGACAGCUUAUGCUGAAGUGCUCUCCACUGCGGAUGACAUCUUGCUCAUAAAACUAAUGGAAAGAUCCGGUCCUGUGGUCGACCAGCUCCCCGACGAGAUUGCUGCUGAGGUCUUGCGUGCCGUGGGACAAUUUUUACUCGAGCAGGACUUGUUCGACAUAUGCUUAUCUUGGAUUCAACAGUUGGUAGACAUUAUUUUGGAGAAUGGAGGUGAUUUUGUGGGGAUUCCUAUGGAAGUGAAGAAAGAAGUGUUGUUAAAUUUUCAUGAAGCUUCUUCAACAAUGGAUCCACCAGAAGAUUGGGAAGGUGCUUUGCCUGACCAACUUUUGUCACAGUUGGCCUCUGCUUGGAGAAUUGAUCUUGGACACCUCCAAUAGGCCAUUUAUGAACCUUUUUUUUUUCUCUCCCUUUUUGUGCUGAAUUGCUGUUUUUUCCCAUCCAAAAUGAAAUGAAAAAUGGGAUUUUUAUAUA